ACCUCUCGCCGGGCCAGUGGAAGGUGAGCGUUAUGACCCCUAAUGAAGACACUGAACUAAUAGUACACCAGAAUCCCGUGGAUAAGUCGGCCACAAAGCGCAAUCUUGACUACUGGAUAGAGCUGGCAAAAUUGCUAGAUAGGGGAGGAUUCAACGCAUUGUUUCUCGCUGAUACAUACGGAGGUUACGACACUUACGAGGGCAGCCUCGACAACUGUAUCCGGCGAGCGGCCCAAUGGCCUAUAACUGACCCGACCAUCCCUAUCGCGGCGAUGGCAGCUGUGACGAAAAACUUGUCAUUUGCCAUCACCGCUUCAACUUCUUUCGAGCCUCCUUUUUUGCUAGCGAAGCGCUUUUCUACUUUGGAUCACUUUACCGGGGGUCGGUUUGGCUGGAAUAUUGUCACCUCCUGGAAAAAGGCCGCCUUCAAAGCCAUCGGGCUCGACACUCCCAUCGAGCACGAUGAGCGGUACCGUCAGGCCGACGAGUACCUGAAAGUUUUAUACAAACUCUGGGAGGGAUCAUGGGCGGACGACGCCGUAGCCCCUGACCCAGAGAACGACAGCUACGCGGACCCAGACAAGAUCCGCAACAUCAACCACAAGGGGAAAUACUUCACGCUGAACACGCGACACAUUGUUGAUCCGUCGCCUCAGCGGACCCCGUUUCUUUUCCAGGCUGGAACUUCAUCGGCUGGUUCCGAGUUUGCAGCGACACAUGCGGAGGCCAUAUUCGUGUCCUCUCACUCAGCUACUCUUCUCCGGCCGAAGAUUGCCAAGAUUCGGGAGCUGGCCGCUGCUCAGGGCAGAGACCCGCGUUCGCUGAAGUUCUUCGCAACGUACACCCCUAUCAUCGGGCGUACAGAUGAAGAGGCGCGUGAGAAGUACGCGGAGCUGCAAAAAUACGCCUCAGUGAUCGGGGGCCUGGUUCUGGUCAGUGGGUGGACUGGGAUCGAUUUAUCUAAGAUCCCCCUAGACCAGGAGAUCAGCGCCGCGGACUCCUUAGAAGCUCACAAGGUCCGCAGCAUACUGGAUGCGUUUACCACCACCAGCGAGGACAUACCCAAGUGGACGCCCCGCGUGGUCGCUCAGAAGGCAGCCAUUGGUGGCCUCGGGCACGUGGCGAUAGGGGGCCCGCAGACGGUGGCGGACGACAUGGAGCGCUGGAUUCGCGAGGGGGACCUGGAUGGGUUUAACAUUGGCUAUGUCACCACGCCUGGAACGUUCGAGGAGGUGGUGGAGCUCUUGAUCCCAGAGCUACGACGACGUGGGAUAUACCCCGACCCGCCGGAGGAAGGGGAGAGGUUGACGGCGCGAGAAAGGAUCUAUGGAAAAGGGCAGAAGGGGCUAAGGGAUGACCAUAUCGGUUCUAGGUAUAAGUAUGACCGAUAUCAGGAAGAUCCACCGUAUGAAGAGGGGGGAUCUGUCGAUGGCAAAGGUAGUUAGGUUAGGUGAGUGAGUACCUUGGGGACAAUUUUAUCUACUCCUAAUUCGACAAGCCUCGGUUGGGGUUGUGUAUCUCUCUAGUACCUAUGGGUGAAAAUGCCUAUCCACCUGGUAGUCAGUGAAGUACUUUUUUAUCGACAGUGACAUCAACAAUUCUUCAUUCAAUAGGUAUAAACACUAGGUAC